AUGGACGACCUGCCGGCGGAGCUGCUGCGCCACGUGCUGCAGUGUCUCGACCACCAGACGCUGCACGCCGCCGAGCUGACGUCCCGUGCGUGGCGCACCGUCACACGCGACGCCCAGCUCUGGCGAGCGCUCACCGGUCCGCGCGUGCGCUCGAGUCCAGCGCGACGGUCGAAGGACGCGUGGAAACAGUUGGCGUGCCUCACGCAGCGCCGUACUGAGGACACGCAGCAGCAGCAGCUCCUGGUCGGAGUCCAGUCGUUCUCGUCGGCCGAUCGGUCGAGCGAGUCGCCCGUGAACACGCUCACGCCGUCGCGGUGCUGGAUGGAGCUGCACCGGCGACAAGAGCCCGUGGCCGGCCGCGCGACGGACGAGCUGCGGACAGUGGGCGAGCGCAUCCAGCACCGCUGCGGCUGUUCGGCCGGUCGGUCGUGUUACUGGAGCAGCUCGGCGUCGGUGGACCCGAACGCGAGCGAGUUCAUUGACUACGCCAUGGCCGACCCCUGUGUCGUCACGGCCGUGCAGAUUGUCCCGUACCGAGUGUUUUGGCAUCCCGACAGCCCCACGUACGCGCCGCAGCGCGUGCGGUUUGCGUUCUUUGACGUUAGUGACCACAGCACAACGAGACAACACGAAGCACGAGGAGCGGUGACGACAACAACAAGACGUGACGCUGACAUUGAGCCGUUUUACACCUCGCACGACUACAACGUCCAGAACGACAUGACGCUGCAGGACUUUGUGCUGCCGCAAAAGGUCGUCGCAAGCGCCAACACAGUGCUGCGCAUCACGCUGGUGGGACGACACCAAGCGCAGACGUUUGAGCUGCCGCCGCAGGACGUGGCCGACGACCAUGAGGACCGGCGGCCCAAGUACUAUUGCUGCAUCAGCCACGUGAACGUACGCGGCGUGCUGUGGAAGCCCAUCGCGCGUCCAACCGAGUCGGACGCAGCAGGGGCUUCGCACAUGUACAAGAUGAGUCCAAACCUGCGCGUGGCAGCAUUGACUGGUCUGGCCAUGUACAUCACUGCCUGCUACGAAGGAUACAUUGGCCGCACUCGACGAUGGGAGUAA